GUCACACUAGCGUAAAGUGCAUAAUUUCCCUGCAUUUUCUUUUCUGAUGAAAAUGGAUGCAGACAGCAGUGGAGCCGUGCACCGAGUGCCAAAUUAUGUGAAAUGUGAAAUGAAAAAAAAAUGCUGGGCGAGCUGACAAAUGCGAUAGGACGAUUGGACAUCCAACUGCGCAUUAUGUGGACUUAAAGGAACCACCAAGGACCGCAGAUAAGCAGGAUUGACUAACCCUACUCUUUACACGUAGAUUCUCACGGGUCCAGUUCCCGAUCAAGAUCGCGGCGAGAAAGCGCAAUCCAUAAACAGUCAAGGGAAAGGGAGCGGAAACGGGAGAAGCACAAGGUUCCCUACUUUGCGGACGAAACACGGGAACGGGAUCGAGUAAUGAGACUGCAUCAAAGAUCCCCCAGAUCCACCAGACGCACCCGCUCCAGAUCUAGAUCCCAGUCAUCCGAGCGAGAUAGCAGGCACAGAAGGCAGCGCCACCGCUCAAGGAGUCGGAACCGAAGCAGAAGCCGCAGCAGCGAACGGAGACACCGCCAAAGAACUCCACACCGGUACAAUCCGCCGCCAAAGAUUAUCAACUACUAUGUGCAAGUGCCACCACAGGAUUUCUACGGGAUGUAUGGGACAUAUGCCAUGGCACCGCCGCCAAGAUUUGGAUACCAGAGGCCACCAUGCCCUCCGCCCUUUCCAUCUGCCACCUUCAGAUAUCGCCAUGGUCCUCCGUUCAGGGGGGCGCCCAGAUUCGGCUACAGAAAGGCGUGGCAACCACCAACUUAAACAUAUACCAUUCGACAUAAUUACAAAUUUAUUUACAUUCGUGUGUUUUGUACAUUAAAAUAAUAAAUAUAUAUAUUUGAAACUA